AUGCGGUGGCUGAUGAAAGGGCCGCUGCUCCUCCUGCUGCUCCUGCUGGUGGGACCUCCCGCCGCUGCUGCGGCCACCAACGCCAGCGACGCCUCAGUGCUGCGGGCGCUGCGCGACACGAUUUUGAGCCUGGCCGAGCUGCGGGACGAUCCACCUGCAGCAUUUGCCGCUGCCGUGGCGAACCCUGCAUGCUGCGACCGUGCCCAGGUCCUGCAGAGGGAGCAGUGCCCCCUUGUAAUCACCUGUUCGAUUAUCGGCUGGACGAUGAACAUGACACCCGACCCCUGCGCCUGGGAAGGCGUCGGCUGCAGCGAGGGCGGCCGCGUCACGCAGCUCACCCUCCAGUUUGAUCCGCCGGAACCGCCACUCCGCCUGUCCAGCGCAUUUGUGGAUCUGGUAGCGCGGCUGCCAGCCUUGGAAGUGCUGGAGGUUCUGGAGGAGGCCGCCUUUGACCGCCCCACCCAGCUGCCGGCGUCGUGGGCGGGCCUCACAAGGCUUCGAAGACUCUUCGUCAACCAGCUUGGAGGAAACAAGCUCACCGGCUGCCUGCCACCGCACCUUCCUGCCGCCCUGCAAGCCCUGGAGGAGCUGGAUGUUUCCUUGAAUCGCUUGACGGGCACGCUGCCGCCGUCCUGGGCCAGCCUGUCCCUGGAUACCACGUGA